UUGACAAAGCUCCCAGCUGUGGUGGAGCCUGGUCGCCAGGCCCUUGCCCCCUCCUCUGUCUCCUUCCUCCCCCAGGACCAGCGUGAAUGGGACUGUAUCCCUCCCACUCAGGACAAUGACCCCCACAACCAUCUUGUGCCCAUCGCCACUACUCUGAAGCAGCUGAUGUGAGGAGACCCCAUUUCUGCACUCCGUAGUGGUGGUCUCAUGCUGGCUGACUUCCUCCAGGUUCCUGUGAUGGCUCCCUGGCCUCUCUUCACCCUCCACCUUCUGCUGCUGUUCCUGCUGCUGCUGCCCUUAACCAGAGCCCAUCGCUUCUCUGUACCCAACACCAGCUUCAACCACCUGGUGCUGGCACCAGGCCAGGGCACACUCUACGUGGGUGCGGUGAAUCAUCUCUUCCAGCUCAGCCCUGAGCUGAAGAUGGAGGCUGUGGCUGUCACUGGCCCUGUCAUUGACAGUCCUGACUGCGUGCCUUUCCGUGACUUGGCUGAGUGCCCACAGGCCCAGCUCACUGAUAAUGCCAACCAACUCUUGCUGGUGAGCAGCAGGGCCAAAGAGCUGGUGGCUUGUGGGCAAGUGAGGCAAGGUGUAUGUGAGAAGCGGAGCCUUGGGGAUGUGGCUCAGGUGCUGUACCAGGCUGAAGACCCUGGUGAUGGGCAGUUUGUGGCUGCCAAUACCCCCGGAGUAACCACAGUGGGCCUAGUGGUGUCCUUGCCAGGCCAAGACCUCCUGCUGGUAGCCAGGGGCCUGGCAGGCAAGCUGUCAGCCGGGGUACCGCCCCUAACUGUGCGCCAGAUGGCUGGGCCACAGCCUUUCUCCAGCGAAGGUCUGGGACGACUCGUGGUGGGAGACUUCUCAGACUAUAACAAUAGCUAUGUGGGGGCUUUUUCUGAUGCCCACUCUGCCUACUUUGUCUUCCGUCGCCGUGGGGCCCGGGCCCAGGCUGAGUAUCACUCCUAUGUAGCUCGCGUCUGCCUUGGAGAUGUCAACCUUUACUCCUAUGUGGAAGUGCCCCUUGCCUGCCAUGGCCAGGGCCUUAUUCAAGCUGCCUUCCUUUCUCCGGACACAUUGCUAGGUGCAUUUGCAGCAGGCAUAAGUCAGGCACAGUCAGCCCUAUGUGCCUUUCCCUUAGCUGACCUGGACAAGAGUAUGGAACAGGCCAGGCGACUUUGUUAUACCACUGGUGGUCAGGGGCCCAGUGGCAUGGAAGAAGCCACUGUGGAGUAUGGUGUCACAUCCCGCUGCGUUACUCUGCCUCCUGACUCCCCUGAGUCAUAUCCCUGUGGUGAUGAACACACCCCCAGCCCCAUCGCAGGCCAUCAAGCCGUGGAGGCCCAGCCUCUACUGCAGCUGGGCCAGCCCAUCAGUGCAGUGGCUGCUCUCCAGGCAGAUGGGCACACAAUAGCCUUCUUGGGAGACACCCAGGGCCAGCUACAUAAGGUCUUCCUAAACAGUUCGCAAGGCCAGAUAUACCAUUCCCAGCAAGUGGGGUCCCCAGGCUCAGCCAUCAUGCCUGACCUGCUGGUAGACAGUAGUGGAGACCACCUCUAUGUGCUGACUGCCCAGCAGGUGGAUCGGAUUCUUGUGGCAGCCUGUCCUCAAUUCCCCAACUGCUCCACCUGUCUCCAGGCUAAGGACCCACUGUGUGGCUGGUGCAUCCUUCAGGGCAGGUGUACUCGGAGGGGCGAGUGUGGACGGGCAGCCCAGCCAAACCAGUGGCUGUGGAGCUAUGAAGACAACUACUGCCUUCACAUCCAGAGCCUGCUACCAGCCCAGCACCCACGCCAGGAACAGGGCCAGGUCACUCUGUCUGUUCCCCGGCUGCCCACCCUGGCUAUGGAUGAAUACUUCCAUUGUUCUUUUGGGGACUAUGACAGUCUUGCUCAGGUGGAAGGGCCCCAUGUGGUCUGUGUCACCCCUCCUGGAGAUCAGGUGCCACCUAACCCUCCAGGCUCAGAUCAUGUCACCUUGCCUCUGGCCCUGAUGUUUGAGGAUGUGGUUGUAGCUGUCACCACCUUCUCCUUCUAUGACUGCAGUGCUGUCCAGGCCUUGGAAGUGGCUGCCCCGUGUCGUACUUGCGUGGGCAGCCUGUGGCAUUGCCACUGGUGCCCCCAGAGCAGCCGCUGUGUAUAUGGAGAGCACUGCCCAGAGGGUGAGAAGACUGUCUACAGUGCCCAGGAGGUGGACAUCCAGGUUCGUGGCCCAGGGGCUUGUCCCCAGGUUGAGGGCCUAGCAAGUCCUCAGUUGGUGCCCGUGGGCUGGGAGAGCCAUUUAGCCCUGCACAUUCAGAACCUUCACUAUUUUCGAGGUCUGCCUGCCUUAUACUACUGCUGGCUAGAGCUGCCGGGAAAACUGCAGAAGCUACCUGCCUCCCUAGAGGAAAUAUCCAGGGACUCUGGCCUCAUUCAUUGCCAGGCUCAGCAGUUCCACCUGUCUAUGUCCCAGCGGGAGCUCCCAGUGCCCAUCUAUGUAACCAGAGGUGACAUCCAGCGGCUGGACAAUGCCCAUGAUCUUCAUGUGACUCUGUAUGACUGUGCCGUGGGUCACCCUGACUGCAGCCAUUGCCAGGCAGCCAAUGGAAGCCUAAGCUGUCUGUGGUGUGGUGAUGGCCAGCCUUCCUGCCGCUAUGGGCCACUGUGCCCACCAGAUGCUGUGGAACAGCUAUGCCCUACACCCACCAUUGAUGUGAUUGAACCCCUGACUGGUCCCCCAGAAGGUGGCUUGGCUAUUACCAUCCUAGGUUCCAACCUGGGCCAGGCCUUUCAUGAUGUGCAAAAUGCUGUGACUGUGGCUGGCCAGCCCUGCAACCCCGACCCUUCUCUCUACCGCAUCUCUGCUCGGAUUGUGUGUAUAACAUCUCCUGCUCCCAAUGGCACUGCUGGGCCUGUCCAAGUCACCAUUAAGAGUCGUCCUCCUGGAAUCUCAACCCAGUACUUUGUCUACCAGGACCCUGUCCUGUUGAGCCUGAGUCCUCAGUGGGGCCCCCAGUCAGGGGGCACCCAGCUCACCAUCCAUGGGCAGUACCUCCAGACAGGAGGCAACGUCAGUGCCUUUGUGGGUGACCAACCUUGCCUCAUCCAGGAGCCUGUGUGUCCUGAAGCCAUCAUAUGCCACACCAUGCCCCAAGCAGAGCCAGGAGAAGCAGCAGUUCUUGUGGUUUUUGGCCAUGUUGAGCGCAAACUGCUCGCCACCCCAUUUCGAUAUACUGCCAAUCCCCAGCUGGUGGCAGCAGAGCCUAGUGUCAGCUUCCGGGGGGGUGGACGACUGAUUCGAGUCAGGGGUAUAGGCCUAGAUGCUGUGUGGCAGCCCUUGCUGUCUGUGUGGCUGGAGGAUGAGGACCAGGUAAAGGCUUUGGGGGUCCAGGGCCAGGAUGUAAACCCAAGGAGGAGCUGUGGUGCCCCUGCUGCCGAUCCCCAGGCUUGUAUCCAGCUUGAGAGUGGUGUGCUACAGUGCUCUACCCUGUGCUCUGUCAACUCAUCUAGCCUCCUCCUGUGCCACAGUCCAGCGGUGCCAGAGGGGGCCCUCCCAAAGAGGGUCUUCUUUGCCCUAGACAACAUGCAAGUAGACUUUGCCAGUGCUAGUGGGGGCCAGGGGUUUCUGUACCAGCCUAACCCUCGCCUGGUUCCACUCAGUCAUGACGGACUCACUCACCCCUACCGCCUCAAGCCAGGCCACAUCUUGGAUGUGGAGGGCGAGGGCCUCAACCUGGGGAUCAGCAAGGAGGAGGUGCGGGUGCACAUUGGGGAUGGAGAGUGCCUGGUGAAGACGCUGACACUUACUCACUUGUACUGUGAGCCACCCCACCUCGCCCCUCAGCCGACCAAUGGUUCAGGCACCCUGCCGCAGUUUGUGGUACAGAUGGGCAAUGUGCGCCUGGCUCUGGGCCCUGUCCAGUAUGAAGUAGAGCCCACGAUGUCCACCUUCCCUGUGGAGGCCCAGGUGGGCCUGAGUCUGGGUGCUACUGUGCUGAUUGCCGCAGUGCUCCUCCUCACACUCAUGUACAGGCACAAGAGCAAGCAGGCCCUGAGAGACUAUCAGAAGGUGCUGGUGCAGCUGGAGAACCUGGAAACUGGUGUGGGUGACCAGUGUCGCAAGGAGUUCACAGACCUGAUGACUGAGAUGACAGACCUCACCAGUGACCUAGAGGCCAGUGGGAUACCCUUUCUGGAUUACCGGACAUAUGCUGAGCGUGCCUUCUUCCCUGGUCAUGGAGGCUGCCCACUGCAGCCGGGGCUUGAAGGGCCCGGGGAAGAGGGUUGCCGUGCCACCGUGUGCCAGGGCCUCACACAGCUCUCCAAUUUGCUCAACAGCAAGCUCUUCCUUCUCACACUCAUCCACACUCUGGAGGAGCAGCCAAGCUUCUCCCAGAGAGAUCGCUGCCAUGUGGCUUCACUGCUGUCCCUGGCUCUGCACAGCAAGCUUGAGUACUUGACCGACAUCAUGAGAACUCUGCUUUGUGACCUAGCAGCCCAUUAUGUACACAAGAACCCCAAGCUCAUGUUACGCAGGACGGAGACAAUGGUAGAGAAGCUGCUCACCAACUGGCUAUCCAUCUGUCUCUAUGCCUUCUUAAAGGAAGUGGCUGGUGAGCCACUGUACAUGCUCUUCCGAGCCAUCAAGUACCAGGUGGACAAGGGCCCUGUGGACGCUGUGACAGGCAAAGCAAAACGGACUCUGAAUGACAGCCACCUGCUACGAGAGGAUGUGGAGUUCCGGCCUUUGACCCUUAUGGCACUAGUGGGACCUGGGACUUGUGGAGCAGCAGAGAGCAGCGAGGUGCAGCGAAUGCCAGCCCGGGUGCUUGACACAGACACCAUAACCCAAGUCAAGGAGAAGAUGUUAGAUCAAGUCUACAAGGGAACCCCCUUCUCCCAGAGGCCUUCGGUGCACUCCCUAGACCUUGAGUGGCGCUCAGGACUAGCUGGUCACCUAACCCUGUCGGAUGAGGACUUGACCUCUGUGACUCAAAACCACUGGAAGAGACUAAACACCCUGCAACACUACAAGGUCCCAGAUGGAGCAACAGUGGUGCUCAUUCCUCAGCUGCACAAUGGUGGUACUAUUUCCCAGAGACUGGGCCAGACGGGCUGCCCCUCUGGAGAGAACACCCCCAUGCUGGAAGAUGGUGAGGAGGGUGGAGUUCGGCUCUGGCACCUGGUGAAAGCCACUGAGGAGCCAGAAGGGGCCAAAGUGCGGCACAGCAGCCUCCGGGAACAAGAACGAGACCGAGAACGGGCACGAGCCAAGGCCAUUCCAGAAAUUUAUCUCACCCGUUUACUUUCAAUGAAGGGAACCUUGCAGAAAUUUGUGGAUGACACCUUCCAGGCCAUUCUUAGUGUGAACCGGCCUGUGCCUAUUGCUGUUAAGUACCUAUUUGACUUCCUGGAUGAGCUGGCAGAGAAACAUGGCAUAGAAGAUUCAGAGACCCUGCAUAUUUGGAAGACAAACAGCCUACUGCUGCGAUUCUGGGUGAAUGCCUUGAAGAACCCCCAGCUCAUUUUUGAUGUGCGGGUGUCAGACAACGAGGAUGCCAUCUUGGCUGUCAUUGCACAGACCUUCAUCGACUCCUGCAUGGUCUCGGAGCAUAAAGUGGGCCGGGAUUCCCCAGUGAACAAACUCCUCUAUGCCCGGGAGAUCCCUCGCUACAAGCAGAUGGUGGAGAAGUACUAUGCAGACAUUCAUCAGAGCUCUCCAGCAAGCUAUCAGGAGAUGAAUUCAGCUCUGGCUGAACUCUCUGGGAACUACACCUCUGCUCCCCACUGUCUGGAGGCUCUUCGAGAACUUUACAACCACAUCCACAGGUAUUAUGACCAGAUUAUCAGUGCCCUGGAGGAGGACCCCAUGGCCCAGAAGAUGCAGCUGGCUUGCCGCCUGCAGCAAAUCGCUGCCCUGGUGGAGAACAAAGUGACUGACCUGUGAAUGAGGGCCACAGUGGUCACCCGAGACCUGCCAGCUUAUAGAACAGUGAGCAGGAUCCACCAACAAAGUGCUGUAUGACCCUGACCAAGCAGUGACUGAGGAGGGGUCAGCAAGACUAUAUGGAGUGCCUCCUGCCGCGCACCUGGCUUCUUUCUAAUUUAUAAUUAUCUCUGCUCUCUUUCCCUCUGUAUUUAAUUGCUUGCUGGAAAAAUCACAUCUGGAAAUAAAAUAGAAACACAUCUUUAAAAGAAAAACAAAAACAGUUCCAAUCUGCCACCCCUGCCUUUUCCUGCCAAGUGUGAACUCUCAGUACCCCCUGGGCUGAGGUGAGAGGGAUGAGCGAGGGUUGUGGGAGAACCACCAUAUCCCCACUUUCUAGAUCUAGGAUGCUACUUCUCCCAAUAGCAGGGUUUACUCCCCAGACACACCCAGGCUCUGCAAGGGCUUCUCUACAAGCCUUUCUUCUAUUCACUUUUGCCCUUGGUGCGAUG